CCGCAAGUCUUGCCGUUCGACGUGCUUUCUUUCCCACUAAUUCGGUACAUGUGUACUAUUUCGUAUUUUAAUAUCGUAUGGAAUUGGCACUUACGCGAGGAGCUCUUUCGUGCCGUAUCCCGGGGGUUUGUAAAGUGGCAAAAGACUCGAGCGCGUGAUCGGAGCCCCGCGUCGUCGAGGCCGGGGUAAAGAGGUGCAGAGUAAAAAAGAAUUCCUAAGAGGCAGAACGUCCCCCGAGGUAUAGGACGGAUCCUGAAUAAUGCAUGACGAUCGCCGUGAGCCGUGGCCCGAGAGGUACCGAUGGGAGGUUAAGUUGUGACCAGGCGGUGGACCAGUUGAGCCAGGUCGAAAGGUCGGCCGUUUGCGGAUUGGUCAAAUUUGGAGAAUUGGCACUCUCUCCCGCACCCUUCCGGUAAUCACAUCCAGUUGCCGCGUGCCAGGAUCGAAAUCCAAGUACGCUGAAUUUUAUCAAAAGAAAAUCAUUAUUCAAAGAGAGGAAGAAGCCCGGAAUUAUUUGGAGGAGUACAAGAUUCUAGAACUAUUCGACUUCCUGAUUGGUUAUCUGUUGGUCGACAUGCCUGACGAUCCCGUGGGAUACCUUUACAAUCUCCUGGACGAGUGCAUUCUCUUCAGGGCGGGAUUGAGGACACCUCCGUUGCUAUUCGACGAUAGACACUCGAGGAGCGUUUUCCGAAGCCUAGACCCUACAUGCGUGGGACACGUCUCUCUGGAGCAAUACGAAACGGGGAUGACGACAAUGGGCAUCCGCGACUACGUGGCCAACCCGAGGGAAUGCAGUCCCGGUUGCGUCGACGAGGAGACUUUCUUGGAAGAGGCGAAGAGACGCUCGGUGGAGAUACUCGAGGAGGCGAUCGGCGCGGCGACGUAACUGGACCAGGGAAACGCGGCAAGGCCAAGUGGGCGGCCGUCGAGCUCCUUUCCUCCAACAGUCGAGAGAACCGGAAAAGGAACGAAUAAAUAUGUACGCAGAGUGGAUAAAGAAGCGAAGAAUAAAAGGGGUUUUCGAGGAGGUGGACGAAGCAAACGGCGGCGAGUCGAGUGGUCGCUCGGUCCGGUCGGUGGCAGGGUUAGCCCACGUGCCCGCGUGUUUCCCCCUCCCAGCGACGACAGCGGCGACAGCGACGUCGACAACGGCGUCCACUCGCCUCCGGAUUGCGGGCCGCCAGUCGCUUCCAGAUCGCGGCCGCCCACGGUUCGCCGCGAUCUCCGUCGAACGUUCCUCGACCAUCCUGCGGUUCAUUCCACGCGGUCGAAUACCGACGGCAAGAGUGCGCUUCGUUCUCUUUCUUUUUCUCUCUCCCUCUCUCCCCCUCUCUCCCCCUCCUGCCCUUCUUUCCUUGUCGGUCCCGUUCGUAACUCUGCGUCUGAAAAGGCCCGUCGACGUUCACUCCAUGGUAGAAACUUAGUGGGUUGAAAUUAACGAGAAAGUCGUCGCGACGCGGAUUGCAAUAUCUUUCUCAGAGUCACGGUGGUUUCGAGAAAGUAGAACCGCACGGAACCGGGCCCGGAAUGACCGAGGGAGGUGGCCCGACGCGCUCAAGAUGAAGCCGGCAGCGGAGUUCCUCGCGUCUUUGGUGAUCUUGGGCCUCGUCGUCGCGGCUGCUAGGGCGGCGCCUACCGUCCCGGCCGUCCCGACGGUCGAUCAGUGCGACUGGGCCGGAAUUGGAAACGGAGGGAAUGGCGCCAGUCGAGGAGUGCGUCCGGUGUACCUAAGAUGCUCUCGAGGGACGGUAUCAUGGCGAUAUCCUGGAGGAGCUCUUCGCGUGGUCCUUUCUUCGGAGUCCGGGAAUGGGUUUCGCGGUUGUAUAAAGGUCUCCGGACCUGCCAGGGUGUACUUGGAGACCGGAGGUGCUCUAAGGCAACUCUAUGCACCAGGUGACGGGAAACACGAAGCUUUGCAUCGAUGUUUCCAUUCAAGAGGACGAGUCGCCGGCCUCUUUGUCGAAGCUGACUCGGAUGGAAAAUUUAUCGCCGUAGGCAAAGGAGUUUCAAAGUCUAGGGUCGAGCUCAAGUACGACUUGGAGGCCAGCAAUCGUCUCGAAAUCGAGGAGGAAGAGGUCGAGUGCCGACCCUGCACGAAAGAAGAGUUGGCAAAGGCUUAUUGCCAGAGUGAUCUCGUUGCCAGGGGCACUGUGAGCGCCGUCGAAGCCAGGCCCGAACUGGAAAUAGCAGAACUCGUCAUUGGGCUGACCAAGACUCUUCGUCGGGUCGAAGAAACCGAGGAUAACGAAAUCGAAUCGGGAGAUAUCGACUUCCGGAAGGAAGUCAGAGUUAGAGUGCCUGCAUCUUGCGACGCGAGACAUGGCCAGGGAGAGUUUGUCAUCAUGGCCAAGAGACGAUUAGGGGAUCUCACGUUAGCCUGCGCGCCAAGACUCGAAGCUUGGGCAGAAGCUGUCAGAGAACUUGGAACCGCACCCUGCGUCCUCAGGAGUUAGCGGAGCUCAAUUCUCCGUUAGGAACCAAUGAAAUGCCUUCGGUACACAGUUCGGUAGUGCUCCCCUUCAAAAGUGGCGUUUGUCGCACGUUGAGAAAAUUCCUUAACCUACGAAAGAAUCUCGGAUCCGAUGCCUCCUUGUUUCAAGCAACGACUCCGACAUCCAAUGAAGAUGGAACGUAAUCUUGAAUAUAGGAGUCUCACGGCAGUAUCAUCAUUCGGUAUUUGUCACAGUUCCUUCGCAUAUUUCCAAUUGGUGAAGUUUUGUGACAAAUGUAAUUCCUUCGCAUUAUCCCAUUGGAAGUUACGUUUAUCAUCGCAGUGGAUAUAGGCAGGACAAGGUGCUUCGCAGAGUGUAGAAAGAUUGUAAAUACUUGCGCCCGUGUACAUAUACAUACAGGCACGAAUGCGUGUACUUUGAAAGUAAGACACCGAUCUCCUAACUGUGAUAUUAAUGUUGUAUUAUAUAUGAGAGGUUUAUACGAAGGUAUAUUUUUACGUGAGACGAUCGCGUGCAUCAAAGGGUGCAAAUAAAGUAGAAGGAGAGAGAAGAAUUGCAAGAGAAUGGAAGUUCAGUUUGCAUUAAUUGAAAAUAUGUGUCAGGCUGAUAUCGAAAGGACUGAGAAAGUAGAUUUCGACAAACGCGCAAUACACAUAGUAUUUUAUUAAUUUGAUAACAAACACGUGCGAGUACUAUGCGGAGGAGCGCACAGUUCUACGCGCUUCCAUAGAAAAAAGCUACCUUUCUCCUUUUUUCUCUCUGUCAUUUGUAUUCUUCUCUUUUUUUCCAAAGUCUCAAAAAUUA